AUGCCACGAACACUAUUGCUCUGCUUCAUCCACGGCUUCAAGGGGAACGACAACACCUUCCGCGACUUUCCCUACGAUUUGAAGACCCAGGUAGCCAAGAAGCUGCCUGACCAGCAUGUCGAGUCCAUCGUGUAUCCACAGUAUGAGACCAAGGGCGAGCUGGGACAGUGCUCGGAAGCCUUUCUAUCAUGGCUGAAGGAAAAGGUCAUGGAAGUGCGCAAGGAGCACACCGAGAAGCCAUGGCCCCCAAAUGAUCGUGAGGUCGGAGUCAUUAUGGUGGCACAUUCGAUGGGGGGCUUCGUCGCAUCCGAUUCUCUCAUGCUCGUUCUGAACGAGAGAAUCGCGAAUGGUCAGGAAGACUCGCCCAUCUUUCCCUUGAUUCAGGGCGUCUUGACUUUUGACACACCUUUUAACGGCCUGGCGAGGUCCAUGUUUGUCUACGGUGCCUUUUCAAACUACCAGAAAGUCAGCAGCGUUUUCAAUGUCAUGACAGCCCUGUCCUCCGCAGCACCGUCUGCUCUCGGCUCUAUUGCGUCCAAAAGGUCAGCCUCAACUCUCCCUGCGGCCAAGUCAUCCAGCCCAGCAUGGCAGGGUUGGCAGCUCAUCGCUAUGCGCACUGGUACCGUUGGCGCCAUCGCUGCUGGAGGUGUGACUGCAUACACCUAUCGCCAGCAGAUCAUCAGCGGCAUGAAAAACAUGCGCAACCUCAACAAAGACUCUGUCAAGGAAGGCUACCAGAGCAGCGUGGACACACUCAGCAACGGGCUGGCGUACAUCAACCGUGGCAACGUUGGCCGAUCUUUUGAGUACCUCUCUGAUCACUUUACGUUCGUUGGCACACUGAUGAAGCAACAAGAGCUCAGCCGAAGACUCGAACGUAUGGGACUACUCAAGGGUGUUGGCAUCCACGACUUCUACACUUCGCUGGGGGAGAAUGGAGUAUGGAGUGGCGGCUACUUCGUUCCUGAGCGAACAUUUUGUGCCAUUCCGCCCGCAGAUCAUCAAGCUCAUUCCAUAUUCUCUCGGAAAGUCAUCAAGAGAGUUGAUGAUGAGAUCCAAGCGCACAUGAGCAUGUUUGUUCGAGACAAGAAUGAGGAGUACGAGCAGAUGACUGACGAAGCCGCCAAUAUCGUCAUCGGAUGGUUCAACGACGACUCCGACAUUGUGGAUGAUCCCAAGUUUGCCACACCGCCACCACCAGAAGCCGUGGAGCAACCUGUCACAACCACAGAAGAUGGCCAGGAAAUCCCCAAGACUGAUGGCCUUGGCAGUACCUCGACUGACUCCCUACCCGAUGGACAGCAAACUGGGGAUGAUCUGCCCGACGAAUCACCACUGGACAUUACCGCUGCAGCUGCCGCCGUGCCACUACCCGACGAUGAUGAAGAUAUCCCUCCAGUCGGUGGUGGUACCAAAGAAGAGCGCAAGAGCAGUUACAUGCGGUAUCUCAUGGGCGUUGCACAAGGAGCAGGGACAGGCGUUGCAUCCUACGUGCCAACGAGUCUGCCUGAAAUGCCCUCUGGGCCAAGCUUCAGCUCUUACAUCCCCACACAAUACAUCCCCACACAAUUGCCCUCGAUGCCUCAGAUGCCAUCCAUGCCGACGGUUAACAUGUGGGGUAAGAAACAGCAGGCAGAUACUCCCGACACAGACAAGCCAGCAGAGACGGAAACCGAGAAGGCUGAAAAGACGCCAGAGACGACCGAGACUAGCGAUGGGAAAAUCGAUGAGAAGACCGAUGGGAGCACCAAGGAGAAGACAGAGGAGAAGAAAGAUACUCUUGACACAGACAAGCCAAUAGAGACGGAAACCGGGAAGACCGACGAGACUGAAAAGACGACAGAGGCGACCGAGACCACCGAUGGGAAAAUCGAUGAGAAAAUCGAUGAGAAGACCGAUGGGAGCACAGAGGAGAGCACAGAGGAGAGCACAGAGGAGAAGACAGAGGAGAAAGAGUCUAAGCCCGCAGACCUACCAGUACUGACCGUCCAGUGGUACGCGAAGCCUUCUACACAACCUGUGGCGACGACCGAGGUCCAGCAAGACCCCGAGACUAAAGAAGAGCCGUCUGCAGCCGCGGCUAAGUGA